AUGGUAUUUACAUAUCAACAACCACAACAACAAACCACCAAUUCAAAUACAAUACUACAACAGCAACAACAACAACCAAAUGUUCCUUUAACACCAACUAUAUUACAACAACUACAGCAACAACAGCAGCAGCAGGAUAGAGAUGCAGCAAAAGUAGCUGCCAUAAAUAUACCAGCAUCGAUUGCUGCUGCGGCUGCUGGUCUUCCUGGGCUGAAGCAAACAAAAGUGCCUUUACACUAUAAUAAUGCAACGAUUGAAUUGGUACCAGCAGCAGCGGCGGCAGCUGCAAUGAAUGUGAUGGUGGCAGGAGGAUCCUCGCCACCAUUAUCAUCAUCUUCAGUGUUAAUAAAUAAUGUUGCUGGCCAACAACAACCCCAACAAUUCCUACAAACUCCGGCCAAUGUUUUCUUUACCAAUUAUAAUAGCCAACAAAAUGUAAGGCAGCUGCUAAGGAACAUGGAUGAGCGGUUCAAGAAUAUGCGUAAUGUGGAAAUGCGGGUGGCAACCAUACAGGAAAUAUUCGAUUCCAUGCAUUUCUCCAGUUCCUCGGCAUUUACAUUCAAUAAAAAUCUCUCGAUAAAUGGUGAUCGCAUACCCCUGGCCCUUUUGGAAUAUAAACUACAACAAGAUCUGCAGCACUUCAGCAAAAGAUUGGCGGAGAAAAUCGAAAAAGCCCUGCAUAUUGUACGCGACCUAAGAGAUUUCUUCCAAACCAAUAUCACCCAAAUUGUACAAUUCACCGCGGAAUAUGAAGAAGACCUAGAAGAAGAGGAAGAUGACUCUGACUCCGAACCUGAAUUUGAUAUGGAAUUAAAUGACAUAGAACGUCCAUUGAGUCCACACAUAAAACCCCUGUAUUUAAACACUUUCAUACAAUCCUGUUACGAUGUGGACUCAACAAGUUUCACCACCUCGUCAUCGUCUUCAUUGGCGGAAAAUUACAAUAAACAACAAAUCGAAAUACUCAAUUAUGAUAAGACUGAUGAUUACACGGCUCCAUUAAUGAAAAAUUACAUAGACACCUCUUUGCUCAACGAAAAAAAUGAACUAACAAUGGAGGCGAACUCUUAUAUCAAAGAAAAAAUCAAAUCCCUAAAACAAUCGCUUCUCAAAAACGACAAAUCACCCUGGAAUCUGGAGAAACCCCAUGUGGGAAAUCACAUUAAACAUAUUUAUUUUCUCUCACGCAGUGAUGACGCCAGUGAUUCGUAUAAUCGUUUCUACCACGACUCCCAUUUUCGUUAUCUCUUUACCUCGGUCAUACAAAAGAAAUAUGUCUUCCUUCUGCUCGAUGUGGGUUCGGCAAUGAGUGGUGAACUCUUGGAGCUGGCAAAAUCAUACAUAUCAAAUAUAUUACAAUUACUAUCAUCGAAUGAUUUAAUAAGCCUGGUAUGUGUUUCCGAUGAAGUGGAAAAUAUGCUGCUACUAGAUGCCUCCGAUACGGAUGCAGCAAAUGGCCUCUAUUUGAGUUCGCGUGAACGUAAAGAGGAAAUUCUAAAUUAUAUUGGAAGUUUGUCAUUGAGUCGCACGUUAACGAAUCACUCAUUGGGUUUUGAGUAUGCUUUCAAAAUGUUAUCGCGUUUGGAAAAUGCCAGCCUUAUUGGUGCCCAAACACCCAUCGAAUUUGUCUAUAUUACCCGAGGAUUGCUAACGAAUUUCUCCGAUGCCAUGCAUGUUUUAAAUGUUGUGGCCAAGGGCCAAAAAUUGCUACAGAAGCCAAUUGUCAUCAAUGCUUGCGGGGUGGUUUUGGAUGAAAAACGCAUAAUGUAUGAGCGCCAAUUCCUCACGGACAUAACCUCACAAAAUUACACCAAAUAUGAUAUCGAUGUCAAGGAUUGGUAUAAACCAGCAGAUUUACAACAAUUAAAGGGCAACUUAUUUUUUCUAACCAAAAUGCAACAGGAUACAAUAAUACGCACCGCCACGGCCAUUUUUCAAAAAGAUUUUCAAGAUCCCUAUUUGAUAAAGACAUGGCAGGUCCACCCACCCAUUGUGGAUGCGAGCAGUAAGGAUAGCAUUGUGUCCAUAACCCAUGCUGUCGCCCCAUUCGGUGUAGUGGGUGUAAAUUUAUAUCUCUCCGAUUUAAUAGAAGAUGUGAAUAGCUAUCAUUAUCAGCAACAGCAAUUUGCCCUGAGUAAUAAGGGUGACAACUCGUAUGCCUUCCUGAUAGAGACAAAUGGUAAUACCCUAACACAUCCAGCUUUCCCCAGACCGGUGACUUUGAAUCAAACCCCUUUCCCCGUGGAUAUACAAUAUUUGGAAAAUUCUACAAAUUUUGCCGAAAUACGUCAGAGAAUGUUGGCGGAAGAAAAUGGCAAUGCCACCACCACAAUUUAUUUGACCAAAAAUCGAAAGCAAGAGAAAUUCAUACGAACAUAUCAAUGGCAUAAUAUUUUGGGGUUCUAUGUCCUGUGUAUGGUCAACACCAGGAGGACGGAGGAAGCCAAUUCUACAGCGAAUAAAAAUACAGAAUUGAAAUUAAAUCUUCAACUCCCUGCCGCCUUGCCACUGACCCUGAAACACUUUGCCUCAAAAAAUAAUAUACCCAUGUAUCCGCCACCACCCCAUAGCGAUGAUUAUGAACAGUAUUUCACGACAAUUGAUUUAAUCUAUCAUCGUUUGGAUCUGCUACCACCGGCGGGAACCACAAAUUUAUGCCGCUACUUUCGACAAAUAUCCACCAUGGAUGCUGCCACAUUAUUUCUAAGUUCAUUGGCCUUUGAAUCGCCAUUUACCUUCCUGCACAAUAAUCGUGUUAGUUCGUCACAAAAUCAAUUGAAAACCAUAUCGGAAAGUAUCAUUGCCUAUUUGAAAGAUUCCACGGGGCUGCUGGCCAAUCCAGGGUUAAGGCCACAAAUUAGGCAAGAAGUAAAUGCCCUCUACACAGCCAUGCAGCAUUUGAAAAAGCGCCAUCAAGAUGCCCGUGGAUCGUUGAGGAACUUCAUCAUCCGGCGUUACAUUGCCUCGGUGAAUGGUGUGUUGCAGGUCUAUCCCGGUUGCCUGCUUAACAAUCUCUUUGAUCCCUCACAACGCACCUGGUAUCGCAAGGCCAUACAAAACCCAGGCAGAUUGGUGGUUACAGAACCUUACCUAGAUGCCGCCGGGGCAGGUUACAUCAUCACCAUUGCCCACACCAUAUUUGAAGGAAAAUCAAAUGCUUUACAUUCCAUAGAACGUGAUCAACCGGUGGCCAUUGUGGCCAUGGAUGUUCCCUAUGCCUAUCUUUACAAGAUCAUCUUGGAUUCCACGCCGCUGUGUUUGAUGCACAACAUCAAGUGUCUGCUCUUUGAAAAUGAGGGUUAUUUGGUGGCCCACCCCUCGAUGAUGGAGGCCAAGACGGCCACACGUAAUCAAAGGCGGCCCCAUGAACACAUUACCCACAAGGAAUCCUAUUUGGCCAAUGACAUCUUGAAUCACAAAAGUUUGGUACGCAAAUUGGCCUGUGCCAAUUAUCAAAAUCGUACCCUGCAACGUUACUACGUGUUCAACACCUCUCUCAAUGAGAUCCUCACCAAUGUGGUACAUGGUGAGCGGACCAAAUAUGCCAUAGCCCUUAUCAAGGGUUCCAACAUCUUUGCUGCCGUCCUCAAUUCCACCUGUGAUGGUGGUGCCUUUUGCCCCUGCAGUACCAUUGAUCGCCAAUGCCUAAAUUGCAAGCGUAUGGAUCAAUCGGAUUGUGAGUGUCCCUGUGAAUGUCCCAUGACAGUGGCCACAAAUGGUGUGGGUGUGGAUUCGGUCACAUCUCUACUUGAUGCAGAAGAUGAGGAUAUUGAUGACGGUGGUCCGAAUUUAUCCUAUUUAAAUAUCACCAAACAAUAUCCGUAUUGUGAGCCACCCUAUGAAUCCUAUACCAUGGAGUCUUCCCAGCUAAUGCAUGAACAGAUGCUCGGUCUACCGUCUUGUGUCAACAUCAAUUGUGAUAUUUACAAUACUCAGCGUGAAUGUUUGGGUGUUAUGGGUUGUGAAUGGUGCCAGCAGGAUGUGGAUGGUAAUGGAUUUGCGGCGGCUUUCUGUAGUGCCCAAUCGACUUGCUAUAAUGGUGUCCUUGCCAGCUUGUCACCCUAUGGUGACUUGUAUGAUGAUGACUUGAUGGCUGCCCAUGGCUAUAAUCCUUCGCAAAAGCCCAGCAAUUAUUCGGCAUUUGGCCCAGUAGGUGGUGCUUUAAUUGUCCUGGCCAUUGUCAUCGGUUUUGCCAUCUAUUGUUAUCGCCACAAUGUCGACAGCUCCUCCCAGGAACAAUUCUAUAUGGAUUCCAUGCAAGAAGAGAACUAUGGCCUCCCCCUGUCACGUUUCAAUUUUGAUGAUUGCCAGGCAGAUGAUCCCCCGGGAGGUGGUGGUAUUAGUGGUGGCUAUGAUCACACUGCCGCCCAACGUAGCCUUAUGAAUGCGGCGGAUAUAUCCCCCUACCACAUGAGUACGGGUAGCAGUUAUCGUCGGCCACCAAAUGGUGAAUCGGAUCAUGGUUAUUCCACCAUGACACCACAUGAAGAUUCAUCGGAUCAUCAAUGUUUUACACUGGCCGAGCCGCUGCUGCUGAACGAUAAACGUCACAGUAAAUCCGAUACAAUGUCCAUAUCAACAUCCAUAUCAUCGCCCACAAAUCGUCAGCAACAACAACAACACCAUUCAUCAUCAUCACAUUAUGGAUUUCCCUCGUCCAAGGAGUCGCGUUAUAAUUUAACCUCGCCGAAAAAAUAUUCACAUUCACCCAGUCGUGGGGUAUAUGAACCGACCACAAUACCCCUACAAAGUUCAUUGGCAGCUGGGGGUAAUGCUUGUGAUGAUGGUGGUGGCUCCGUGCCGGGAGCUACCCAUCUUAUUUUAGCUCCUGUUACUGUACACAGACACAUGGAAACUUCCGAAUCAUAG